AGGGCUGUUUACGAGACCAGACUGUAUUGUGGAUGUGCACUGGUAUUCAACAAACACUAAUCCCUUUCCUAGUUCGAGAAACUAAUCAACUUGAUCGAGAAGAUAAAAUCAAUAACUGUAAAUUUGAAAUACGUGCAACAGGCGAACGAGUUACUGAAGCCUACUGGAGAGUGCAUAGAGUGGAUAAGAAUGUAAGGCGAUUUGAGUCUAUUGCUUGGCCAGGACACUUUAUCCGAGUAACAUCAGGUGUUGCAGAUGUUAUGGGUGGUGGUGGAAUGGACUGCUACUUUAAAAUCAUCCGUGUUCGUUGUAAGGCUUUAUUCAACUGUCACCUCUUGUGGAUAUCAAUAAGAUUAUUGGGAUGAAUGAAGAUGGAACCAUAACUCUAUAUGAUAAGCAAACAAUGGAAGAAAAUUCUAGAUUUUAUCCAGAAGUUAUAAAAUAUGGACUUGCUAGUAGUAGUACUCAACCAAAAUUGAUUAGUUCACCUACGAACAAAAAACCGCUGAUACCGAUCCUCAAAUCACUUCUGAAAAUCACAGAGAUAUGAAUGAGUUGCUAAAUCAAGGACAGGAAAAACAGAAUCAGAAGCAUUGCAAGGAGCGAUUAUUAAUACUAACGCAGCCUGAAUAUCAAACAAAUGCAAAGGAUGGUGAUUCAGUUGAGAGUACACUGGGAGAUGAGGCGGAAUCGAAUGAUAAUGAUUCGAGCCAGUUACAGGUUUCAGACAAUCAGAAUGAAAGCAAAAACAUGAAAGAUUCCACCUGGAAACUGUCUAUAUCUACAGAAAAAUCAGCUCAAAAUUGUGAAAUCUAUCUAGUUGUUUAUGGAACAGGUGGCAGUUCUGGUUCAAUACUGAUCGGGAGAUCGAAUGAUGACAAUGGAUUAUUUAAAACAAACAGAAUUGAUAAUUUUAUGAUCUUACUGGAAAAUAUUGGCUCAAUUUACAAAAUACGUUUAGAAGUGAACCCGAUCAAUCAAGGUGUUGAUAGUGAGUGGGAAGUGGAUAAGGUCAUAUUGGAAAACGUAAAGACUUCAAAAAAGUUAAUAUACGACUUUUCUGGUCGACCAUUUGGAAGUAACAUCAAUUUCAAUUAUUUAUCUCGAGAACAAGUUUCAGCUUUUUCGAAUCUAACUAAUACCAGUUCAUUAACAACAAAACAACAGUCAGAAAGUGAAUUGAAACUUUGUCUUUUAAACUAUCGUAUACAAAUGGAAUUAUAUUACGAUGUAUCCAAUGCAGGCGAUUCAUCAGAUAUAUCUGUGGAACCCUAUCUUUGCUUGAUUGGACAAUACGGAGAUUGUGGUCGUCAUUCGAUGGGUCAGAUUACAUGUAAACAGUUAGUUAGUGGAGAAAAGAAAAACGUAUGGAUAUUUGAUACAAUGAUUGAAGCUGCCUAUCUUGGAGAAAUUGACAGCUGUUAUCUAGGUCCAGUCGAUGUUGAAAAUCAACCGGAAUUGAAACGCACUGGAAUGAUGUGUACCAAAAUAUUGGUAUGGGACACAACAAAAGAAGUGAUUUAUGAAUUCCUUUCAGAAACUUGGCUUCUUUCCAAAAGAAAUGAACAAACGCACGAAAUUCAUUUGAAAGUUGGUCAAAUACACUCUAUGGAAUCAUAUGCAGAAAAACGCUGGAAAGAGGUAGAAUCUGGUGAAUCUAAUCAGUUAGAUAAUCAAGCUAAAGAAGAAACCAAAACACUGGAAAAUGACCAACCAGUUAAAACUGAAACAAUAUCACGAGAUGAAGCUAUGAAACUAGAGCAUAAUGAUAACCUCAAUCAACCUGACAAUGAAAACUCACUAGAAGAUGCAAAUUAUAACACAGAAGAUGAAUUGAGUAUUUUACGUGAUGCCCAACUGUUAGUAUCUGCCAUCAUACAAAGAUCGGAAGCCAAUCUAGCGAUUUUGGAAAACCAGGGCUUACUAGCCAUGAAGCCGAGUUGAUUUCUGAUCCUCAUAUUAUUUUUUCAUAUUCGAAGAAACUGCAGAACUACUACAGACCCUUUUAUUAUAAUCCAUAACUUACAUACUGUGAUUACCAUUAUUAUUAUUAUUAUUACCAAUUAUUAUGAACAAAUAAACAAG